AUGGAGGCGCACAGAAGCGCACAGCACUGGGGAAGGUACGUCUCGGUCUUUCUUCUUUUCUCUUCCGCCCUGAACACGGUGUAUGCGGUUACUCACUAUUCUAUUCCGGAGGAAUUAAAGGAAGGCUCUGUUGUCGCCAAUUUAGCUGCUGAUCUGGGACUAGACGUGCAGGAACUAAGUAGACGAAAAAUGCGGUUAGAUGUCAUUGCCAAUAAGAAAUACUUGGAUGUGAACAAAGAAACAGGAGAGCUGUACAUUGUUGAAAAAAUUGACAGAGAAUAUCUUUGCAUAUCAAAAACAACAUGCUUUCUCAAAUUGGACGCAACAAUUGAAAAUCCAGUAAGAAUGUUCAACAUUGAAUUGGAAAUACUGGACAUUAACGACAAUGCGCCUCAUUUUCGAAGAGACACAAUGCACUUGGAUAUAGCGGAGUCUACUCCUGCGGGCGAAAGGUUCUCAUUGAACAAUGCAGUGGACCCAGAUAUUGGUACGAAUUCAAUUAAAACAUACUAUCUGAGUGAAAGUGAGCACUUCAAUAUAGAAAUCCAGACGGGAAGAGAUGGGUCUAAAUUUACUGAUUUGAUUCUGAACAAGGCUUUAGACAGAGAGGAGCAGUCGGUUCAUAAUCUAAUACUCACCGCUGUAGAUGGAGGAGUCCCUUCACGCACAGGCACAGCGAAUAUCAUUGUCCGUGUCCUGGAUACCAAUGACAACGCCCCUAAAUUUGAUAAGGACAGCUACAACAUAGAUAUAAUGGAGAAUUCUCCAAUUGGACGUUUAGUAGUGAAACUGAAUGCAACUGAUUUGGACGAGGGUUCAAAUUCGGAAAUAGUAUAUUCAUAUAGUCUUUAUACAUCAGAGAAAACGCAAGAAACGUUCAGUUUAAACCCUAACACCGGUGAAAUAACAGUAAAGGACAUGAUAAAUUAUGAAGAUUUUAGGAUAUAUGAUAUGGAAGUUAUAGCAGCGGACAAAGGAACACAUUUUUUGUCUGGACAUUGCAAACUAACUAUCUUAGUGACAGAUAUGAAUGAUAAUCAUCCCGAAUUAUCGAUCAAAUCCUUUCAAAGUCCAGUCAAGGAGGAUAUAGCAGUAGACACGGUGAUAGCAGUGGUUAGUGUCAGCGAUAAAGAUUCAGGUGACAAUGGAAAAGUCGAUAUUCACAUUGCUGAUCAAUUGCCAUUUGCACUAAGAGCGUCUUCUGAUAACUAUUAUGAGUUGGUAGUUUCACAACCUCUGGAUCGUGAGAAGGUUCCAGAAUAUGAAAUCACUUUUACGGUAACAGACAGGGGUUCCCCUCCGCUAUCUGACAACGAAACUAUGACUUUAGAACUACUAGACGUUAACGACAACGUUCCACAGUUCCCUCAGUCGUUCUACACUAUACCCGUUAUGGAGAAUAACGCACCUGGGGCCUUGCUAAGUUCCCUCACUGCGUUUGAUCCAGACCUCCAUGAAAACCAGUAUCUAGUUUAUUUCAUCAUAGAGAAGGAGAUAGUGAACACCUCCAUGUCAAUGCUGUUCUCCAUCAAUCCGGAGAACGGUAAUCUUUACGCACUAAAGACGUUUGACUAUGAGAUAGAGAAGGAGUUCCUUUUCCACAUUGAGACCAGAGACUCUGGUGUUCCUCCGCUCAGCAGUAACGUGACUGUCCACAUCAUUAUUGUGGACCAGAACGACAAUCCCCCGGUCAUAGUAUCUCCAUGGCGCGCGCACGGCUCCGUGGUGGAGGAGAAGAUCCCCAGAUCCACCGAUAAAGGAUCCCUGGUCUCCAAGGUGAUAGCCAUAGACACGGACUCGGUCCAGAACUCUCGGAUUACAUACCAGUUUCUACAGGUUACUGACGCCACCUUAUUCAGUCUGGACCAAUACAACGGAGAGAUACGUACUAUGAGAAUGUUCAGUUACAGAGAUCCGCGUCAUCAACGGCUGGUUGUCAUCGCCAAGGACAACGGGAAUCCUGCUCUCUCUGCUACAGUUACCAUAAAGCUCUCAACAGUGGAGACUGCCGUUAAAGCCUACUCUGACAUGACGGAAGUGCCUCUAGAAUAUGACAUAUUUUCAGAUUUAAACCUGUAUUUGGUGAUCGGCCUGGGCUCGGUGUCCUUUCUGUUAUUGAUCACCAUAUUGGUCACCUGUGUGCUGAAGUGUCAGAAACCAAUGCCCAGUAAAGCGGCUCCUCCCAGUAGGAACAGCGUGAUCAGCGAGAGGAACUCGACCAUUGCAGAUUCCACCCUGGUCUCCAACGAUGCCUACUGGUACAGUCUGUUUCUAGCGGAGACGAGGAAAGGAAAGCUGGUAGUCAGACAGCCUGUGCCAAAGGCGGGUUCCAGAUACAUCGUGUCCAGUCUACCAAGGAGCACGGGCCUGACAGAGACCAGUGACUCGGCAGCCUCUACUCUGCAGGUAAGAAUAAACUCUUCAUUUCAAAUCUGCAAAAUGUUGUUUUACUGUAGCCUACUGUCCGUGUUUGAGUCUGUACGCGUUCGCUUCACGCGUAAAUGUUUAUCUAUCAGUACGUAA